AUGGUCCAGUGUCAACUCUCCAAGACAGCACUAGAACCACUAGAAAAAUUUCAGAAUAAGGUAAUGCGCUGCAUUCUAGGAUGCCCAAUGUCCACUAGGAUUGCUAACAUGCAGCAGGAACUUCAUCUCCUUCCUCUUGUGGAACGAAUAUAUGCCAAUGUAACAUUCUUUACUGUUAAAUGUCUCCACUCAUCCAGUCUCGCUCCACAUUAUGCUGACCUUAUUAAUGUGUCACUUGACCCCAAUGCUCGUCCCCCACAACUCCGACCAGGUGGCUGUGCUCUCAUAAGGAAUGUUUGCCGAGACCUUAGAAGAUUGGAUAUUAAUGUCCCCCAAGAGGUAGUUGACCAUGGUCCUCCCCCGUGGCAGAUUCCUCCUGUAGAAGUUUCCUACACACCCACCUGUAGGAGGGACCUACCCUGCCAACAGAAGCAACUAGCCCUAAAGGCCAUUAACAAAGUAAGGUCUUCCAUCCCUGCCUCUCACACCCUCUACGUUGACGGUUCUUUACAAGUGGAUGGAGCUGCAGGCUGUGCUGUCUUCUCUCCUACUAUGGAACCACCAUAUGGGGGAUGGACUGGACGUCGUCUGCAGGACUGGUCAAGUUCUACCUCCUGUGAACUGCAUGGGCUUCUAGAUGCUGUUAGCCUACUUCUACGGACUAGAAGCAAUGGACUAGUUAUUUGUGACUCACAGUCUGCCCUUCGUGCCCUCUCCUCCCCAAAGCCUGAAGCCCGUAGCCUAGUCAAUCGCAUAGUGCGCCACCUAGUCACAGCCAUUGGACAUGCACUUGUCAUACAUUUCCUAUGGAUUCCCUCGCAUGUUGGGGUAACAGCGAAUGAUAAUGUAGAUCGUCUUGCCAAAGCUGCCUGUAGGCUAGCCCUACCUGCGGCUGACGCCUCGCCAGCAACCCUCUCUCACUACAAGCGGAGGAUACGUGCUUCUGCUCGCUUGUCAAUCACCCGACGCAGGAGCGCCGAGCGGCCAGCGAGCGUAAGCAUCCAGCACUACGACUACUUUGCCUCUCACCCCUACAAAUACCGACGCCGCGGUCUGUUGGUAAGAAGACACAAUGUGGUCGCUGCCCGGCUCCGCUUAGGCUACAGACCUGUGUGGCAGGUGGGUGAGACAGAGGACGUGCCCCAGUACACAUCGUGUAAGUUGUGUGAUGCACACAAUGCGAACCACCUACAGCAUUACUGCCUUGAGUGUCCAGAGGUAGCUGAUCUCAUAUCGAGGAGAGACUCUGUUUCUGACGUCUGCAAGUACUUAUUAGCAGAGGACAAUCUAGAUGUAAUACUUUUGCAAUACCCAUAUUUUGGUGGCUGUUAA